AUGCCUAGAAACUCGAGAACUUAUGCAUCUAUUAUUGAUUUUCUCGCGUUUAGUUUACUUUGCUCGUCGGUGGCUUCAUUUUCUUCUGUGGGUGACUUCAACAAGGAUUUCUACAUCACAUGGUCUCCUAAUCAUAUCAACACCUCAUUGGAUGGACAUUUAAGGACCUUAAAACUCGAUAAAAGUUCAGGAUCCGGGUUUGCUUCAAAUGAUGCCUUCUUGUUUGGACAAUUUGACAUGCAAAUUCGGCUAAUACCAGGCAAUUCGGCGGGCACAGUAGUUGCUUUUUAUCUUCAAUCAAAUGGAUCAAAACACGACGAGAUAGACUUCGAGUUUCUUGGAAAUGUGUUGGGAAAACCAUACAUUCUUCAAACAAAUGUUUUUGUCAGUGGAGUUGGAAACAGAGAAGAGAGGAUCAACCUAUGGUUUGAUCCCACAGAAGACUUCCAUACUUACUCAAUAAUAUGGGACAUUUACCAAAUUAUUUUUAUGGUGGAUUGGGUGCCGAUAAGGUCAUAUAGGAGCAAUUCUAUGAAAGGAGUGGUAUUUCCGGGAUGGCAACCAAUGAGGCUAUUGGUUAGCCUGUGGGACGGAGAAAGCUGGGCGACAAGAGGUGGGCACGACAAAAUCAACUGGUCAAGAGGCCCAUUCACCGUUUCAUUUAGAGACUAUAAAACCAAUGCAUUUGCAUGCGACGAUAAUAUGGUUUCUUGUCGAACAAGUAAUGUUCGGAAUAAAGAUAGAAUAGGUAACAUGUCAUGGAUCCAAAGGAGGCUGCUCAGAUGGGUUAGGAAAUAUCAUCUCAUUUAUGAUUAUUGUGAAGACGAUAAAAGGUUCCAAAACAAAUUUCCACCAGAAUGUUCUCUCUAA